ACUACUGGAGGAGAAAAAAAAAAAAAAAGUUAAAGUAAAAAUGGCUUCCUUGUCUUUGGAGUCUACAGAACAAUCUGAGAACAGCCCAGAGGAGUCAACGGCAGCGGAGCCCAAAGAAGAGGAAGAUCCGGUCCAAGUUUCGGAACAAUUACUCCAAAGUUUCCAAAAGUCGGCUCUGAGUUUCUCCACUGACCAAGUAUCAUGUCUCUGCGAGGCCCUUCUGCAGGCGGGCAAUGUGGAUCGCCUGUGGAGAUUUCUAUCCACCAUACCUCCUUCGUCCGAGCUGCUACGUGGCAACGAGACCCUGCUGAAGGCCCAAGCACUGGUGGCUUUCCACCGGGAAGAAUUCAAGGAGCUGUACGCCAUCCUGGAGAGCCACGACUUCCACCAGUCUAACCAUGGGUUCCUGCAGGACCUGUACCUGAAAGCCCGCUACAAGGAGGCGGAGAGGUCCCGGGGCCGCAGCCUGGGCGCAGUGGACAAGUACCGGCUCAGGAAGAAGUUCCCCCUGCCCAAGACCAUCUGGGACGGAGAGGAGACCGUGUACUGCUUUAAAGAGAAGUCCCGCAAUGCACUGAAGGAGUGCUAUAAGAGCAACAGGUACCCCACUCCGGACGAGAAGAAAAACCUGGCCAAAGUCACCGGACUGUCCCUCACACAGGUCAGCAACUGGUUCAAGAACCGGAGGCAGAGGGACAGGACCCCGUCCGGGACCCACAGCAAAAGUGAGUCUGAUGGGAACCACAGCACUGACGACGAGGCGAGCCCCAUGGACGACGCCCCUGACAAACCGGAGGAGGCUGCUGGCUCCACGGCGUCCAUCAUCUCUCUCUCUGCCGUCCCCUGUAGCACAGGAGGCCAGCUCAUCCUCAACGGGUCCGGUGGCUUCCUCACAGCCUCGCAGUCAUUACUCCUAAAUGGGAAUUCCCUGAUCUCCAGCACUGGCGCUGGUGUCAUAAUUAACGGGCUAAGCUUGGGCGAUUGCCAGACAGUCACACUGAGUCCUGUUGCAACCAACUCUCCUUUGAUACUGAACGGGGCUCAAGUAAUAACCAAACCUAGUAUCAGUAUGCAGCAGCAAGCGGUUUCCGUGACAGAGCAAGAGGUUUCAGCCAUGGAGGCCAAGCCGAGCAGUCUUCCAGCGGUUGUUCUGAGCACUAACACCACACCAGUCUCAAACCAUCCAUCCAUCAUCUCUAUUCCUCUGCAAACCAAGACGGUCAGCGACAAUGCAACGGAUUACAUCAGUGUCCCUGAUUCAGAGGGCAGCAGCCAGACAGUAUCUUCCUCUUCUUCAUCUUUAUCCCCCUCCUCACCAACUCUGUCCUCCCCAAACAGUCUCCCCUCACUAGUCUUAACGCAAAACACCCAACACCAGGAGUCCCUCACCCUCCCGGCCUCUAUGUCGUCCGCAGGCAUGGUGAUCUCCAGUUCUGCCAUGCCUCUCUCCAGUCAUGGGGAGUAUGUUGUCUUUGCCACUGCUGGCUCCCAGUUAAACCCUUGUAGCUCCGUGGUUUCCUCCAGCAACUCCACCCCUCAGGUCUUCUCUCUGCCCCAGGUUGUGCCUUCCAUCCAGGGUAUACCAGUAUCCCAGCUGGUCCAGCACUCAUCAGGAGCCCAGGUGUCUCAGUGCCCUCAGCUGGUCCCAGUAUCUCCUCUCACCACACCAGCUCCGCAGUUUCAAACCCAGACAGUGAACACAGGCAACAGACUGGUGCAACAGCAGCAGGAUGCUUCAACAACUCUGCCUGAAGGUGCCACAACCAUAGUCUCCAUCUCACAGCUGAACAACAAUCAGAUCCCACAGCGAACGGCACACCACCAGCUGGGGGACCACACCACAAACUCCACACCCAGUAAAAUCCAGGUGCCACAAGUUAUCUCCAUCUCUUCCCCGACACAAGUAGUCCCGGUCCCCCAAGCCAAAGGCACCACACCGGCACAGUUAGUCCCCCUCUCCAUGCCUCAGCUGGUCCCAGUCUCACCCAUUCAGACUUCGUCCACCAUCUCUUUCCCCCAAGUGGUACCUGCCAGUCCUUCUCUCUCCAUCCCCUCUGCUGGAGUGCCAUUACAGAUCCUGACUUCAGCUCCCACAGCUGCAGGCGUCGCUCAGGGUCCUCUCAGGAUAAACCAGCUGAGGCCCAUUCAGAGUGUGGGUCCCCCAACCAGCAUGGCCCCCAGUGUGCAGCUCCUCAACUCUGGGAUCCUUCAGCUGCCCUCAGCUCCUCCAGGUAACCUCCUCCUCGGUGGAAGCCCCUACCUGAGUGUCCAGCAGGGCAAGCUCAUUCUGACCAUCCCAGCAGGCAUUCAACUCACCAGUUUGCCCCUCAAACCAGUCCCUGACGCUUCACCCAUCACCGCUAAUGGUCCCAUUCUCACCCCCUCCACUCCCCCUGUAGCCUCCCAGCCUUCCACCACCUCCGGCUCAACCCCCAUUAGCCUCACAUCACCUUCCCUAAACUUCAUCAACUUGUCUCCACCGUACUGUGCUCCAGAGACUGGGACACCCGCCAUCCCCUCCCCUCACACGCUGGACCAUUCAGUCACCUCCACGACGCCAAACGCUCUUACUCCAGAAAGUAUGCUGACCCUCAGUCCCAUGUACAGUGGAGUGACACCCAACACCCAGUUGUCCCAACCAGCCUGGAGCCCUGUGCCUCUUUCCACGUCAGCUAGUCUAACUCUGUUUGAUGUCCGCGGCAAGGGGGACCUACCUGUAGACCCGGCUUUGUUAGGUCUACCCGGAGGAGAGUCGCUGCUUCUAGGAAGUCCCUCGUCAGAGCACGAUGUGGAAGCCAACUCGGCACUGGGGAAUCCAGAGGAGAUGGAUGGGGACUCCAAGAUUCUUACUCAGCUCCAGUCGGUCCCUGUGGAUGACGAGCUGGGCCUGUAGUCUGUUUACGUUGCUAGUUGGCAACCCCAUAUCUCUAAAAACAAAAAAACAAUGAAACAUACAGCAGGUUACUGACUCUGCUGUCUUUUUUUAAUCCACAUUGUCAAUCCUCUGAGAAAUGUCUUUCACAACAGAACAAUGAUGCUCUCUCAUUAGGGACUGAUACCAUCAUGGUCUUAGCUGCCACUUUUGAGAUAAACCCUCUGCAGCUCUAUUUCACAGGGAUAGGCAGAGUUACAGGGGUUUGCCUUAUAAGAUUUUGCAUCUGAGAGGUUUUUGUCCGUACGUGCCUUUCCUGUUUUAUCAGAUCCAGACAGAAGACUGACUCAGAUUAGUGUGCUUGGCCCAGUUGCAGGUCCUGGUGUGUUUUUUAAAAGAAAAAAAAAAAAGACUAUUAUGCAAGGCACGAUGGCUUUGCCUAUUCUCUCAGCUCUUCUUUGCAGUUUUGUGGACUGCAGACCGAGUUCAGCUGUACUUGGAAAAGAUGUCUGGGGUUCCUGCUGGCAGUAGAAGUAGUUAGUAAAAAUACACCGAAGUAUCUGGCAAAGGCUUAAAAAUCUAGAAAUAAGAGUACUGCCUGCCUCUCCAGAGCUCAGACAUUCAGGAUGUUCUUUUUCUUGUUCACAGCCGCCUCAAUAUAUUUCUUCUGACAGCACUCCAGGAAUAUACUGAAGAUUAUAUUCUUCACAGAACCAAGUUGAGUUUUAUGUGAAACCUUUGAAAUUGUUCCUCAUCCAUUAUAACAUCAUCGUUUCAAGGGCUAUAAAACAGUAUUUUAUUACUGAAGUCUGGGGCUGAAACACGCAGCCUAACUUCAUUUUAUCAGUAAACUGAUUUAAUGCAGUUUUUAAGAGAGAAUUCUGCCCUCCAUUAGUACAAAUAUAACACAGGAAAUAAAAGGGUCUAUACUCUAUGCAAUGCAUGUUUAGUUUCUUCAUAGGACACUAUGUGGCACAAUGGCUGAGUUAAAAAGCCAGUACACUUGGGAGAUAAAACGUUUUUUAAAUGCGCAUGACAGUACAUUACACUAAAAUAUUUGCUGUGAGCCCACAUAGUGAUAUUGUUGUUUGUCAAAAGCAUCCAAAAUAUCUGUUUGUUGAUAUUGAUAAGUGCCUUAUUUUAAAGCUUACAGGUUUGAUGUUUUUGAAAUGUUUUGACUUUUUACACAGUUUUACAAUUGCUAUAUACCCGACCAAAUUUUGGGAUUCACUUUAUGGACUUUUUUUUUUUCUGAAUUCCCACAUUUAUGUGUUUUUUUAUCUCCAUUGAAACAUAAUGUGGCAGUGUUGGCUGCAUAGUCACAACUCUAGCUCCUCUUUUGUUUGUAUAUUUUGCACCUUUCAUUCACACAAUGUUUACGCUGCGCUGCCGUAUUGUUAUGACAGUUGUUGGACUCAUAUUCUUUUCUGAAAUUUCAUUUUCUUUCUUAAUUUGACCUUAAUAACACACACACUUGACAGAAUAGCUAAAGAGGUAAAUCAGAAAGCAGGAUACUGAUUUCCUGAUGAAAUCUGUCAUAAAUUGAUGGAACACCUCCGUCAAUUUAAACCUAAAACUUCCUGUCAUCAUAUGAGCUUUUGCACUGUCAUAACACAGGUAGCGGUCAAACCUUUGGCCAAUUAUGGUACACAAAAAAUACACUUCAGUGUCACGUCUAGUUACAAUAAUGGCCUUUGUGGGUUUUUUUUUUAUUAGUAUGUUUGUUGUUUGUCUUUUUUUUGUACAUUUAAUCUAUUUAAAGCACGUAUCAAUCGGUUUCUUGUUUUAACUGAAACAAAUGAGACAUAAAGCGGAUAGAAAAUGACAUUCAUUUUCACUUGGAAGGUCACAUUGUUGUGCAAGCUGAGGUUUUACAAUCUUAAGAUUACUGCUAUUUUAAUGGCAGAUAGGUCAUUUUAAAAUACAGUAGGUCACCCCUUGUUAAUAAAAUUUAAGGUAAUUUGUGGCCUUUGGGUAGAUCAUUAAAUGGCUUGGACAAAUCAAUUUUAGUUAAAAAAAACAAAUCAGAACAUUUAAAGUAGUUAGGGGUAAAGGGAAAUGUGUCCUAUAUGUAAAAUACGGUAGCCUGCGUUUGUUUAUAUGAGCCAUUUCUUACCAAAGUAUGUAGACAUUAAAGCCUCUGUGGGCUUACGCACAUUUGUAGCCCUGUUUGUUUGUAGCCUGGGAUAUGUUUCUACUCUCCUCCUACCUGACACAGGACGUAUAUGACUCCAGAUGUAACCAAAGAUAAUGUAUUUUGAUUGUUAUGAAAGGGAUCAUUUGUAUCUGUCAUUCAAGGUUCUUGUUUUUCUCAUUUUUGUAUUCAAAUGCAUUUUAUUUUUUAUAUUACAUAAUAUUGUAAUAAACUACAUUUACA